AUGCCCCUACCACCAGCACUUCUGGCUCGUCUGAAACGCCGAGGAAUCGUCCAAGAUGAUGCAUCUGAGGAAGUGAUUGCGGAAAAUUACGAUGCCGAUGUGCCGGGUGCCGGUGCCCCUGGAGCGCGGAAAAAAGCCGAAAAGAAUGCAUCGGGUGCGCCCGGUUGUCCCAAUAAGUGGAAUCCGUACCAUUACUGCGUGCAAUUCUGCUACGAUCGCUGGAAGGAUGGGACCAGCGAAAACAGGUUCAUCGUUGCCGGAUUGUUUUAG